AACUGAUCUGCAUACCGAAAAAUUGCGUUUUCUGUAAAAAUUAUAAGAUAAAACUAUCAAGUUAAUUAAUUAUUUGAUAUGAGUGUCCAUCUGCAAGCCUUAUCACUGUGUUACACUGGCUAUUAGUGUAACCGUUUUGUGUUCUAACUGUGUGUGUGCAUAAACAGUUAUAAUGGCAAAAUCACAAAUAAAUACGAAGUCUAGCAACUAUAUUAAGGACAGGGAGAGUUUUAUGAAGGAGUUGAAGCAAUUCAAUGAGAGCAAAAAUCUACCAACAAAAGUUCCGAUUGUGAAUGGCAUAGAAUUAGAUUUGUACUUGUUUUAUACAUUAGUACAACAGCGAGGAGGACUUGGGAAGGUAAAUCAAAAUGACACAUGGGAGUCAUUCCUGCGACCUUUGAGGCUGCCACAUCCAUGCAUCAAUGGUUCCACACUACUAAGACGGAUAUAUGGAACAUAUUUGGAGAAAUAUGAAAGAGCAAAGGGUCCACCAGGCAGGGAUGACGACAAUGACAUGGAUGAAGAUCCACGACGGGGUCGCGGUGCAAUGCCACGCAUAUCCUUUGCUGGGGGUACGUACAUAUCAGGUGAGGCGUUGCGGACGGGGUCGCGCGUGGCGGCUGCAUCAGAACGAUUGGCCCUCUCGCUCUUAUCGCCGAUGCCCAACGAGCAAGAUUUCGCUGUCAACGUGUGCACCGUCUUGGCCGCUGAUCACUCGAAUCGACUGCCUUUGAGUUCCACACCGCACAUUCUGGACUUCCUAUUGGCUCAUGCUGGCGUUUAUAAUCAUUCGAGUCUCCGCGACACAAUUGGCCGUUCUUAUUACGAGGCUCGAGGACGGUAUCCAGACGACUUCUGGCGUUUAAAAGCUGGAGGUGGAGGGGUCAAGGAACUGGCUGACGAGACCAAAUUCAUGCAGCCAGGAGUAGAGCUCCCAGAGCUGAUCGUUCAGGCCAGGGCAGCGUAUAAUACUCUUACUGAUUGCCUAUUGAGUGGGCCUGAAGAAGAGGAGCCGGUCGUUGAGAAGGUCUACGAUGAUGUGAGCGGUGAUGUGCUAGAAGACUGGAUGGCUGAUCCAUCAGAAGAUGACCUUCUCUUCGCCCCGGAGUUGCCGGGAGGUGCCUCGUGUGUGUACACUCAGAGGGUGCUACAGAUUGCCUCCAUUGUGAGGUCCCUCUCAUUCCACGACGAAAAUGUUCAGUAUCUUGCUAAGAAUACUACUCUUCUCAGGUUCCUCUUGCUGUGUGCUAACAGUUGGGUUGGUUCACUACGACAAUCUGGUCUGGACACACUUGGAAAUGUAUCUACAGAACUUAUUAUUAAGGACCCGGCGACAUGCCUGAUCACCCGGCAUGUGCUGUCCACGAUCCAGGCGGCGCUAGUGUCGCAGGACCGCGCCCGGGUUUUAGCCGCCCUCGAACUAUUGAACAAACUCGCGCAGAAUGAACUCAACGAGGACGCCUUGCUUAAGUCUUUGGAGGCUAAGGUGUACGCGGAGGUGUGUGCGCUGCUGAGCGUGCGCGACAUAAUGGUGUUGGUGUGCACGCUGGAGUGCGUGUACGCGCUCACGGCGCUCGGGGACCGCGCCUGCGAGGCCGUCGCCAGGGUCUCCGGACUCAUACAUACGCUCGUCUCGCUCGUCACUGUCGAGGCUCAAAGCUACGGUCCUCGCGCGUGUAUAUUGAUGCGCGUGGUGGAGACAGUGAGCGGGCCCAGCGCGCUGCAGGCGCAACAGCCCGCGCAACAUGCGCAACACGCGCAACUUGCGCAACACACCCCACAUGCGCAAACUGACCAACAUGAUCGCUCGCCGCAACUGCAUCAUACGAGCCAGACCCCCACAAAGAGUGAGGCAGGCGGUACGUCAGCGUCGCUGGCGCCGGUGUCCACCCUGCAGCAGUCCCACCUGCAGCAACGCACCGUGCAGGAAAACGAACAUUUCGCCCAAGCGUGGCUGCGUUCAGCGUACGAAGUUCUCCCCGCGAGCGACAACAGCGCGUGCGACGCCAACGACCUGUACCGGCAGUACCUGGCCUGCUGCACCAAGCUGUCUAGGAAGGGAGUCAUAGCACCUGCACAUUUCCCUAGGCUUGUUCGUACGGUGUUUGGUGGUACAGUGGGUCCGAACACAGUAACAUUGUCUACGGGCGAGACUCAACAGGUCUACAUCGGCAUCAGAUCGCGGGCUUUACAGAACAGGCCUAAUCCCCCUGCAGGACCAUCGUCACCAAUACUGAAGGCACAACUGACGAAUAAGGCAGCGGCUGAAGCGAAACCCGCCGUAUCACAACCGCAAACCCAGCCACAAGCACAGCCCACGACCUCGCACCCGCACCUGUCUCAAGCGCUGGAGUCGUCUCCCUCGAACACAACGCUGAUCAAACAUUUAUUAGCGCACAAAGUAAGCCCCGCCCUGCAACCACAGCAAGUGGCGCAAAGACAGCAGAGUCAACAGCGAACGCCCGCGACGACCCCUGCAACAGUCGUAGUACAGAAUAAUCAGCAGGUAAUGGACGUCGACCCGGAAGCUUUGAUCAAGUGUACGACUAUAACACCUGGUGGUGUUGCCAGUAGCACACCCACAGAUAAGGUACACGUACCAGAGGAACCAGUAGUGCCCAAAGAAGAACCUGUACAAAUUCAGAUCGAUGAACAAACACAAUUGACGAUUAAAUCAGCACAAAACAAGAUGCUAGCAGAUUUGCUAAAGAAAAAUUCCAACCCUCCACUGCAAGUCGUUCAAAUGGGCCCACAGAUCAACGCGCCAACCAUUCAAAUUACGGAAACAGGUCAAAUCGUACAAGUGAAAUCUGACCCAACCCCAGUCAUACAAAUAAACGACUCUGGCCUUGUAGCUCCAGGGAACCAAUACUUUCAAAUAAAGAACGAACAAGGACAGGUGAUUCAAAUAAAGAAUGACCAAGGCCAAAUCAUUCAGUUGAAGAGCGACCAAUUGCAAGCUCCCAUUUUGCAGUACAAGAAUGAACAAGGUCAACUCGUUCAACUGAAGACUGAAGGGCAAGUUCAGAUGAAAACGGAGAAAGAAGAACCUGUUCCAGCUGAUCAUUCGUAUACUGAGCCGCCGGCUAAGAAAACUAAGGUGGAGGAAAAGGCUCCGCCACCACAGGAAAGUGUAUCAAAAACUGCAGCGAAUCUGUAUGCCGCGCUUGCUGCUUCGGCUUUGGAAGAUGAAGAGGAUUUGUUGCCGCCGAAACAGGAUCCCGUGGAAAUUAUUCAACCUUCAGUUUUGGUGUCGACGGCCGGUGAUAAUUCUGUUAUUAUACAAGAACCUAUUCUUCAGGUCCAGCCUCCACCAUUGACGGUACAGCAGCCUACGAUGCAAGUGCAUCAGCCCACAUUGCAGGUGCAACAGCCUACGUUGCAAGUCCAAGCUCCCUUACAGACAAUACAAGUGCAGCAGCCAAUGCUGCAAGUGCAACCUAUGGACGUCCAGAAUAUCAUUGCGUCGCAGGCUGGCCAAAUUAUCUUACAAGAGAAAUCUAUAUCUUCCCAGCCGACUCAGUAUGUGCAGCAACCAAUGCAGAUUAUUGCUACACCUAGCAACGCUCAAGGCGGCAUAAGCUACAUUGCCCAGAACAUUCCCGGGAAUAUGAUGCAGAAGACGAUUAUCAUAGUCCAAGGACCGACUGGCGGGGGGCCUCUUACUUUAACGGUGAACAACCCAGGCGGCCUGGACGAGGCGACGCUUAACAGCCUUAUUACGCAGGCAACAGAGGCGAUAACGCAACAGCAAAUUAUACAGAAUACACCUCAGAUUACUCCUAGCCAGCAGCCAAUUAUAACGAAUCAACCACAACCACAUAAGGCGCAGAUCAUCAACCCUCAACAGACUCAGCAAAUAGUGGUUACUCAGAAGCAACCACCGGCCCUUAUAAGCACUUCUAGUAGCAGCCAGAUUGUUACUAGUUCGGCGCAGAUUAUACAAGGCAACCAACAACUCCUUCAAGGCAGCCAGCAGAUAAUAGCAGUGUCGAACACACAGCCUAUCAUAGUAAAUACUCCGAUGAAGAGCAAUGUCCACCGCGUUGUUCAACAACCUCAAAGGAGUCCCGUAGUCACCAGCGUACAGAGUCAUCAAGUGUCAGUCGUCAGUGAGGCCAAGACUAGCGUUAUACAGAGCCCGAAGACAGCAACGCAGCCUGUGAUGAGACAGGUUAUCCGUCAGCCGGUCAUGGUCGGUAACACCAAGAUUGGAGACAAAGAGCUCGUUGUAAACCAACCUGUUACUGAGCCACCAAAGCCGCCUACACCGAAGCCGUCCCCAACCCCGCCUCCGGCGACAACGCCGCAGCCCACUCAGGCGACGAGUCCGCAAGAUGAAACGCCUUGGAUAUGCCAUUGGCGAGGUUGUGGCAAAACAUUCGCCAACGCAACGCAAGUAUUCUUCCACGCGGCGCGUACGCACUGCCCGAGCACUUCGGACGGGGAGGCGCCCUGCAUGUGGCUGGACUGCGACAGAGUACCGCGGAAGACAUUCGCGCUACUCAACCAUCUUACUGACAAACAUUGUUCUAUGCAGGCUUUAACAGCAGUAUACUAUUCCCGGCGUCACGCGGCAGGUGAGGGCGCAGACGGCAAGCCCGUCACACUGAACUACCCGCCUAACGCGGCGCUGGCUGCCUUGAACAAACAUGCCGCCGACAUGUUCAACCCCAGAGAACUCAUGCACAGGGCAGAACUCGGUCGCACGCCGGAACAACUGGAUGAAAAUGAGGGUCCAGUUACGAAGAGCAUACGUUUGACUGCAGCCCUCAUAUUGAGGAAUAUUGUCAUUUAUUCCAACACUGGACGGAGACAACUGCGAUCAUAUGAAGCUCAUCUAGCGACAAUCGCUCUCAGCAGCGUGGAAGCUUCUCGAACAAUCGCCCAAGUUCUAUACGAUAUGAAUAACAUUUGAGAAUCACUUUCCGGGCAUAGAGCCCACGACUAACUACGUGCUGACUGUAAAUAGCAAUGUAGAAAUAUUUAGGAGAAAAAUGAAUCAACAAAAUAGUAAUUUAAAUUGUCUGAUUAUAUUAUUAUUUGUUUUUGAAGAACUUUUCAAAAAUAAAAAAUAUUGCAAUCAGCUUCGUAUUUUGCGCAAUGGCAAAGAAAUUUCUUUUUUCACACGUUUCAGCCGCUAAUGUAAGGUUCGUAAGGAACGCGCAGGUACCUCCGUGUGAAAGCUAAUAAUUUUUAUUUUCAUUGUAUCCGUUAAAAAACAAGAUCCGACUAAGUAAUAUUAGGGUUUUUAAUGAAGAGAUUUGUGUAAUCAUUAAUAGGCUCAGUAGCCACACAAUAGUUGCUACUUUCUAUACUAAAACAAUAUUUUCGGAAUACUUAACAAAUAAUUGUGCAGAGUACACUUGACAGUU